CCCCCUUAAGUUGGAGGAGGCACAGAACCGGCCGUCUGGGAAAGAGGGAGGUAACCAGGGGCAGGGAGAGAAGAGGAGGAGUAGGAGGAAGAAGACCAACAGGGCAAGAAGCAAAAGGCGCUGAGCGACGCCUGGAAAAUAUUCGCCGCCGCCGCGGCUGGUGGACCCUCGAAAUAGACGCUCCAUUCAGUCCGUGGCCGCAAGAGCCGCGAAGUUCUCCAGAUGCUGCGCCGGCCUCAACUUUCCGCCAACUUUCUCUCCGGGCGCCUGGAGGACUUCGGCGCCAAGAGGAACCGGCCCGCCGCUUAAUCUCCGCGCAGGACCCCCUUUGGCGAGGCGCUGGAGAGCUCCCGAGGUUGUGGGAAGAGGGAUCCUCGCGCGGCUGAGAAAGGCACCCGCUGGCCCUUUUCCAUGGUGGGGAGGCGAGCUGCGGCCAGCCUCGCCAGAACUCUCCCGGGAGAAUGCAUUGUGAGAGGUUUAUAUGCAUCUUGAGAAUUCUUGGAACGACCCUAUUUGGAGUAUCUCUUCUGCUUGGAAUUUCAGCUGCUUAUAUUGUGGGCUACCAGUUUAUCCAAACAGACAACUAUUAUUUCUCCUUUGGACUCUAUGGUGCUAUUUUGGCAUCCCACCUUAUCAUCCAAAGCUUAUUUGCCUUUCUCGAGCACCGUAAAAUGCGCCGAUCUCUCGAGACGCCAAUCAAGCUGAACAAAACUGUUGCCCUUUGCAUUGCUGCCUAUCAAGAAGACCCGGACUACUUAAAGAAAUGUUUACUUUCCGUGAAGAGGCUCACCUACCCUGGAAUUAAGUUGAUUAUGGUAAUCGAUGGGAAUUCUGAAGAUGAUGUUUACAUGAUGGACAUUUUUAGUGAAAUCAUGGGCAGGGAUAAAUCUGCCACUUACAUCUGGAGGAAUAACUUUCAUCAGAGAGGUCCCAACGAGACUGAAGAGUCCCACAGAGAAAGCAUGCAACACGUCACUCAGCUGGUCCUGUCCAACAAGAGUGUCUGCAUCAUGCAAAAAUGGGGUGGAAAAAGAGAAGUCAUGUACACAGCCUUCAAAGCACUGGGGAGAAGUGUGGAUUAUGUACAGGUAUGCGAUUCAGAUACGAUGCUCGAUCCAGCAUCUUCGGUGGAAAUGGUGAAGGUUUUAGAAGAAGAUCCAAUGGUUGGUGGUGUUGGAGGAGAUGUACAGAUUUUGAACAAGUACGAUUCAUGGAUCUCCUUUCUCAGCAGUGUCAGGUACUGGAUGGCAUUUAAUAUUGAACGAGCAUGCCAGUCCUACUUUGGCUGUGUACAGUGUAUCAGUGGACCCUUAGGGAUGUACAGGAACUCCUUACUCCAUGAAUUCGUGGAAGAUUGGUAUAAUCAAGAAUUCAUGGGAUCUCAGUGUAGCUUUGGAGAUGAUCGACAUCUCACCAACAGAGUCCUGAGCCUGGGCUAUGCAACAAAGUACACCGCUCGAUCAAAGUGCCUUACGGAAACACCCAUUGAAUAUCUCAGAUGGUUGAACCAGCAGACCCGUUGGAGUAAGUCCUAUUUCCGUGAAUGGCUGUACAACGCCAUGUGGUUCCACAAGCAUCACUUGUGGAUGACCUACGAGGCAGUCAUCACAGGGUUCUUUCCGUUUUUUCUCAUUGCCACUGUUAUACAACUUUUUUACCGGGGGAAACUGUGGAACAUCCUUCUCUUCUUGUUGACUGUUCAACUUGUUGGCCUCAUCAAGUCUUCCUUUGCGAGCUGCCUUAGAGGGAACAUCGUUAUGGUGUUUAUGUCCCUUUACUCAGUGUUGUACAUGUCAAGUUUGCUUCCAGCCAAGAUGUUUGCAAUAGCCACCAUAAACAAGGCAGGAUGGGGCACAUCUGGCCGAAAAACUAUUGUGGUCAAUUUCAUAGGACUCAUCCCCGUGUCCGUUUGGUUUACAAUCCUUCUAGGCGGGGUUAUUUUCACCAUAUACAAGGAAUCUAGAAAGCCAUUUUCUGAAUCAAAACAGACAGUGCUGAUCAUUGGCACAAUACUUUACGCCUGCUACUGGGUAAUGCUUUUGACUUUAUAUUUAGCUCUUAUCACUAAAUGUGGCCGGCGGAAGAAGGAACAACAAUACGAUAUGGUGCUUGAUGUGUGAUUUCACCAGCUGGACAUUUUAUUGUUGUUGUUUCAUUUUUGCUGCCCUUAGCAAAGUUUUUUUUUCCCCCAAGGGACAUGAAAAUAAACCUUUUCAGAGUUGGUGGCACUGAAUUUGACAUCGCUAAGGGGAAAGGAUUACUGCUGCUUGGACUUGAACAUUAACGAAGCAUGCCAAAGCAAAAGAAAAAAAAACAAAAAAUAAAAUAAAAAUGUGAUUGUGCCUUUUUUUGGUAGGGGGAGGAGGAUAAAAAUCAUGGAUUCAACCCAUUCCUGUGGGUGGUCUCUGAAAAUGCACUUUCUUCUAUCAUGCGUAUGUCCGAAAGUGUUAAUGUCCUAUAUACCUCAUUAGUCACCCUGAUAUGGACAGACACAGAAGAAAGAGAGUUUUGGAGACACAAGCAAAGGAUUUGAUGACCCUUGCAACCAUAAUUUAUAAACUUCUUUUCAUUGUUCUGUGAUUUUUUUUUAGAAUGAUGUGACACGUGUGUGUGUGUGUGUGUGUGUGUGUGUGAAACUGCCAAAUGCAAUUCCAAAGUCAUUUUUUAUAAGAGUGGAUGACCCAGUUGUAUUUUUAUAUCAUUGUAAUAAUUUGUCUUUGUUUACCUUUUACACCAUUUUUUUUAAAAAAAGCUCGUAUUUUAUAUUACUGCCAAAAAUCUUUUCUUCCCAUCCCACUUGCAGCCCUUUUUCUAAAUAAGUGUUGAACAAUUGUUACUUUAAGAUAAAAGGUUUAAAAACAAAAACACCCUUGCCCACAAUGUGAAAAUGGAUGCUCUCUGUUUUUUAAGAAUAAAACUUAAUUUCUGUAUUUUUCAAUGGAUGGAUGGCUAUUUCUAUUACAGUAUAUAUAUAAACAUGUGCGACUUGCUUUAAUUUUAUUUGGAAAAAGCAAAUUGUCAGUUUAUGGGGAUAGAAAAACGGUGAGAGAAACUUCUAAAGAGGUCUUCUACAGCAGCCCAUCAAGUGUUAUUUUUCAAAAGAAUCUCAUCCCUUGCUCUCUGUUCAAUGAGCAUGGGUCAAACCAGUCCAUCUGAUGAUUGUGCAUCACACUGCUGCAAGCCCCGCCCCUUCUGUAGAUGCAUCAUAACAUCACCUGCAUGUACAAAAGAGGCAGGGCUUAUAUUGCAACAGUUCUUUCAUUAUUUUGGUAAAAACAGCCAGAACUGUAGCUCUCCAUGUCUAUUUUCCCAGUUUCCUUCCAAUAAUUCUACUAUUUGUUACACCUGCAGAGUGCUCCCCCUAAUUCUGGGAAUUCUUUUCUCCAAGUGAUUAUGCACAACUCUUUGUAUUCAGUGUGGGUUGUACUGAAGGGCAUUCUGCCCCAUUAAGGCCAAAGGGAUAGAUAUGUGCAAUUGUUUCCCCCUCCCAGACAUAACAGAAUAAUAGAGUUGGAAGGGACCUUGGAUAUCUUCUAGUCCAACCCUCUGCUCAAGCAGGAAACCCUAUACCAUUUCAGACAAAGUAUUAUCCAAUCUCUUCUUA